CCCGGGCCUUUCACGUUCCAUCCCCAGGCUGGUCCGGGUGCUGAGGUCCAGCAGAUCCACCGCGUCCUCCGGUCGGUGCGCCGACACCGGGCGCAGGAAGACAUGGCAGAGUUCUCUCAGAAGCGGGGGAAGCAGCGUGGUGGUGAGGGCCUGGGCAGCGCGGUGGACUUCCUUCUGGCCAACGCCCGUCUGGUGCUGGGUGUGGGCGGAGCAGCUGUGCUGGGCAUUGCCACCCUGGCUGUGAAACGGCUCAUUGACAGGGCAACCAGCCCUCGGGAUGAGGAUGACACCAAGGGGGAUGGCUGGAAUGAACUGAGUCUGCUAAAGGCCACACCACACCAACAGCCCCGGCCCCCACCUGUUGCCCUCAGCCAGCCCAUAUUGCCCCUAGUCCCCUCCUCCUCUGCACAAGUGAGGUCCACAGAUACCAGUCCUCAGACGCCUGCCCAACUCAGCUCUCCAGCACCGCUGUGCCUGACGUUCCAGGAGAAGCUCCUGGCAUUCGAGCGUGACCAUGUGGUUAUCCCAGCAGCCCAAGUGGCUUUGGCCAAACAGCUGGCCGGUGACAUCGCCCUGGAGCUUCAGGCUUACCUGAGGAACAAGUUCCCAGAACUGCCCUUUGGGGCACUUGUGCCUGGAGGGCCACUCUAUGAUGGGCUGCAGGCAGGGGCUGCUGAGCACGUGCGCCUUCUGGUACCAGUGGUGCUGGAGCCUGGCCUGUGGAGCCUGGUGCCUGGUAUAGACACUGUGGCCAGGGACCCCCGCUGCUGGGCUGUUCGGAGGACUCAGCUUGAGUUCUGCCCCCGGGGAAGCAGUCCUUGGGACCGUUUCCUGGUCGGGGGUUACUUCUCUUCCAGAGUUCUGCUAGAGCUACUCCGUAAGGCCCUGGCUGCCUCAGUCAACUGGCCAGCCAUUGGCGGCCUGCUUGGGUGCCUGAUCCGGCCCAAUGUGGCUUCAGAGGAGCUGCUGCUGGAGGUACAGCAUGAGCGUCUGGAACUCACUGUGGCUGUGCUGGUGGCAGUCCCUGGGGCCAGUGCUAAUGACUACCUUCUGCUCGCCUGGCCCCUAGAAGGGCUGGCAGGGAACCUCUGGCUUCAGGACUUGUAUCCAAUGGAGGCCUCCAGGUUGCGGGCCCUGGAUGACCAGGAUGCUGGCACUCGCAGAAGGUUGCUGCUGCUUCUGUGUGCUGUCUGCCGGGGACACCCGGCCCUGGGGCAAUUGGGGCGGGACCACCUGACUCAGGUGGUUCUGCGCCUGGGGGAGGAGGAAGCUGAGUGGGCUGAGGAGGUCCUGGGAGAGCGCUUUCUACAGGCCCUGGAAUUGCUGGUGGGCAGCUUGGAGCAGUCCAGCCUGCCGAGCCACUUCAACCCCAGAGUGAACCUCUUGGGCAGCUUUCGGGAGGAGGAGAUCGAUAACAUCGGCUAUGUGCUCUACAGUGGUCUGCAGGCACCUGAGGGACUGCUUUAGAGGAGCGAAGGCCCUGGUGGCCUGCAUGGUUUGUUUCCAGGGAGCUGCAGCUGCUUCCCUCCCAGAGAUCUGCAGAGUGGUGUUUUGCUUGCUUUUAACCAGAACAAAGGAGGGACAUGGUACUGGCUUAUGCUUGGGAUUCCGGAGUCUGGGGAGUUUGGGUUGCUGUCACCUAAGUGUGGUUGGAUGGCCCUGGGCAGCUAACAGUGCUCACCACUCAGAUACCACCUCAGACCUGAGUCCAGCUCAGGAUUUGGGCUUAGAACAUACCAGCAAUGAAACCACGAAGAAUGUGGUUUCUGCCAUCCUAGGCCAGGUAAAGGCCAACUACAUCCUUUUGCCAAGAGAAAUAACUUUCCUGGGUACCAACUCCAAGCAUCCUGAAGGCAUGUAGAGCCUGGCUAUUGAGUAUUGGUUCCACCCCUGAGGCUGGAAUCAGGACAGCUUUUUAGCUGUUGCAUGGUGUCAUUUUCCAGUUUCUCUUGUGUAUUUGGUUUUCUUAUUGAGUACUCUGUGGGCUGUCCCACCCGCUGCCCACUGGAUACCUCAGGGAAGGCCCUUUCCCUCCUGCUGGCUAAGUUUUCAGGGUGGCUGAGCCUGAGCCUUGCUCUUGCUGUGGGAGCCAAGCUAUGGGCUGCCCUAGCCAUGGAAGUUGCUUCUAAGCAGCACUGGAAAGCAGAGGGCAUGUCCUUCCCAGAGGAGGCCUGUGCGCAGACCUGGCCUCCACAGAGUGCCAAAACAGACUGCUGUCAGCAGAUGUAUGUAUCCUGACCUUGGAGCCUAGCUGAGGUAGCAGGGGCUGGCUGAGGAAGCGUGCCUCCCCUCCCAGGGGCCCCUUCAGGUUUGGUUCUCUGCUGCUGAAACAAAAGCUAUGCCUUGAAG